GUGUUCCCACCCACCCCACCCCUGCUGUCACACUUCUCUACUUCUCUUCCUCCCGCCUGUCCUCGCCUAAGGCAUUGGUAAGUCGCCGCAUCAGCAGGUCACGUCAGUGCAUGGUGCUCACCCGCUCAAAGACAGGCGGCAUGGAUCAGCAGAUGGGAGGGACUCCCGAGGCCUAUGAGGCCCGCAUGCUGGACAUGGUGACAGAGUUCAAGCAACGGGCAGCAGCGGCAACAGCCGCACGUAAGAAGAAAGAUGAGGAGGCAGAGGAACAGCGUCACCUCGCUGAGCGACAGGAGGACGCCGAGGCAGCAAGGAAGGCCGCAGACGAACGCCGCCGACUACGCCGAGACAAACUCUUCGAGUCUGAGGGGGACAUCGAGCUGGUUGCCAGCGAAUGGGCAGUGGAUGUCGAAGAGAAGGACGCCCCCGCUGCUGUGCGCGGCCUUGCAACCGCAAUGGAACAUGUGGCCGACGUGGUCGCCACCUGCACAGCGCAGCAGGAGGACAUCCUCUGCAUGGACACCCUGGUCAGGAAGCAGGCUCGACUUAUCGACGACCUGCUUGACCGGGUACGCCGGCUGGAACAGCAGCCUGCAGCGGCCACCCCCGCCGGACCCUCCAACUUGACGGACCACGUCAACGUCUUGGAAAUUGACGUCGGGACGCUCAAGGACGGCGCUCGAGCGACAAAUCAGCGGAUUGACCAGCAGAUUUGUGCCGCCGCAGCCAGUCCGACCACGACCCCUCGCGAGAGCAUCCCGAAGUUUGAUGGCAUGCCGAUCUUCUGCGAUGCAGCGAAGACAGACCCGAUUCCAUGGUGGCGCCAGUUCGAGUUGAAGUUGGACAUUCACAAAGUCAGCAACCCAAACCGGCACGCAUACUUAUACUCCCGCUCGGGGUGCGCGUGUCAGGCUUGGCUGGACAAUAUGUUGUCCACGCACACCGUCGCAGUCUCCAAGCUGCAUACACAGAUCAGUUGGCCUGAUCUCAAGACAGCAUGGCAUAAGCGGUUCCAAGUGGAGCCACCCGAGCUGCAGGCAGCCGAGAAACUUCAACGGUUCUAUCAGAACGACCUGCCAAGCACGAACUGGAUAACUGAGUACCAACGCUUGGCAUCCACGCCCAACUUGUCGUCGACCUUUGUCGCCAUUAAACACUUCUUCAUCAGGAGGAGCUGUCCGGCGUUGCAGAAUGCCUUGACGCAAGUUGCAGAGACGCUCACCACAAGUGAGCAGCUUUUUGAUAAAGCCUCGCAAGUCAUCAAGACGAACACCGAACCCAAGACUUUGGGCCGUUCGUCUGCUGCAAGCCAGGGCAGAGAUCAGCAUCGGCCGAAGGUGGCCGUGGUCACAGCAACUACGCCGACCAACCCUUCAAACGAGGCUGCCUCUUCUGAUGAAGGAGACAGAUUGGCAGCCGCCCGGGAUGCUGCGGUGGGGGACAUCCUCGCGUACGUUAGCAAGGUGGCCCGCGAGUUUCACACGCAGCGGUACGAUGAUAACAACGCACCGCUCCUUUAUGUCCGCAUCCAAGUUGGGCAAGCGUCCUGUAGUGCUUUGUUGGAUAGCGGUGUGACUUGCAAUUUCAUCAGCCAAUCCUUUAUCCAAAGGGUCGGCCUCGGCGCACAGGUUCGAAGGAAGCCAAACCCGACGACGAUCAAGUUGGCGGAUGGUCGGACGCAACAACUCCUCAAUGGCUGCAUCGAAGCCGUGCCUUUUUACUUCGCACCUCAUGCAUGCGAACCGGUGACGUUUGACGUCUUGGACACGGACGUCUUGGACACAGUCCUCUUGGACACGGACUUCGACAUCAUUUUGGGGAUACCUUGGCUUGCAAGUGCGGAUCAUACGGUUAACUUCCAUCGGCAGACACUUACCGUUCGCAACACCUUCGGUGCUGAGGUGUUGUGUACCAUUCCUCUUCCGCACCCUUCGAUAUGGUGUCAAGUUCUAACGAUCAAGUAUUUUCCGACCACUUGCGCUUACGAGCAGACCGACGAGAUAGGCCUAUGUUUUCUACGGACCGUCGCGGCGACAGAAUCUUCACCAAUAGACUUGUCUUCGGACCCCCGAGUGGUGCGGUUACUCGACGAGUUCACCGACAUCUUUGAGUCUCCUACCGGUGUGGUGUCGGAUUGGCCGAUCUCCCACGAGAUCAUUCUUGAGGCCGGUGUCGUGCUGCCGAAAGGAUGCAUCUAUCGCAUGAGCGAGGAAGAGCUCGCGGUUCUCCGCUCGCAACUCGAUGAUCUGUUGGACAAGGGUUGGAUCCGCCCUAGCAGCUCACCAUACGGUGCGCCACUUCUCUUCGUACAGAAGAAGAACAAGGAUCUUCGCUUGUGCAUCGACUACCGCAAGCUCAACGCACAAACCGUCAAGAACGCGGGACCUCUUCCGCGCAUUGACGAUCUUCUCGAGCGUUUGGGCGCCGCAAAAUUGUUUUCGAAGUUUGACUUGAAGUCGGGCUAUCAUCAGAUCUCGAUCCGCCUGCAAGAUCGCUACAAAUCUGCGUUCAAGAUGCGGUACAGGCAUUUUGAGUGGGUUGUUAUGCCUUUUGGCCUCACCAAUGCCUCUGCAACUUUUCAAGCGGUGAUGACCAAUGAGUUUCGCAUGAUGUUGGACCGGUUUGUGUUGGUCUACUUAGACGUUUUUCUCGUCUAUAGCCGGACCUUGGAGGAACACCUCGAGCACCUUCGACAUGUGUUGGAGACGCUCCGUCGCGCCAGGUACAAAGCCAACCGCGGCAAGUGCAAAUUCGUGCGUCAAAAGUUGGAGUACUUGGGCCAUUUUGUCACACCGGAGGGCAUCAGUCCGUUGUCGGACAAGAUUCAAGCCAUCCAAGAGUGGCCGGAGCCGAAGAACGUCACCAAUGUCCGUUCCUUUCUUGGCUUCGCCGACUACUAUCAACGCUUCAUCAAGGGAUACUCGAAGAUUGCGGCUCACUUAUCCAAGCUUCAAUGCGAGGUCCAGCCAUUUGACUUCGACGACAAUGCGCGGGCUUCCUUUUUGGCCCUCAAAGCCGCAUUACUAUCCGCGGAGGUGUUGCGUAUCUAUGAUCCGCUUUUGCGGACACGCUUCACUACCGAUACGUCCGGCUAUGGCAUUGGUGUCGUCCUCGAGCAACAUGAUGGCGUGGACUGGCACCCAAUCGAGUACUUUAGCAAGAAAGUGCUUGUCGUGGACUCGAUUGACGACGGACGAAGAAGGAACUAUUGGCCUUCGUACACACACUCAAGCGCUGGCGGCAUUUUCUUCUCGGUCGGCGGCAGUUCCGAUGGGUGACGGAUAAUAAUCCGUUGGUCUUCUACAAGACCCAAGACACAGUCAAUAGCACCAUUGCCCGUUGGAUGGCCUUUAUCGACCAAUUUGACUUCUUCCCCGAUCACAUUCCGGGCACGUCAAACCGUUUUGCAGAUGCUCUUUCACGGCGUUCGGACCAUUGUACUGCAGUCUACUCGACUUUUGAGAUUAACGAUGACUUGCGGGACAGCUUCAUCCACGGCUACCAAGCCAACCCCGAGU